AUGGCUCACGGCUUCACCGCGUUAAAGGAGAUGACCUUGGACUUCUACGCAGAGAAGUUUACCUCAGCCCUCUCAAUGAACUGUCUUGUGUAUGACCACCGCGGUUUUGGUGAAAGCGAUCAUCUACCGGGCCAGCCUCGUGGCGAGAUCGUGCCGAUGCUCCAGAUAUCCGAUUACUCGGAUGCGAUCACUUAUGCCUCGACUAGACCGGAAGUGGACGCAGAUAGGAUCGGGAUCUGGGGCACGUCUUAUAGCGGGGGACACGUGUUGGUCGUUGCCGCCGUUGACCGAAGGGUCAAGGUCGUUCUAAGUCAAGGUCCUUGUGUAAGUGGAUGGGAUAAUUUCCAUCGCCUAGUCCGUCCAGAUCUCGGACCAGCUCUCGAGAAAAUCUUCGCGGCAGAUCGUAUAGCAAGACUAGAGGGUAAAGAGGCAGGUUAUCUACCUAUAGUUCAUGCCGAACCUUUUGGCGUUUGUGCUCUUAAUGGUAAGGAUGUCUAUGACUUCUUCACGGAGUGGGAAAAGAAAUCCACAUGGAAAAACCAGGUCACCAUCAGAACAAUGGAACUCUUCCGCGGAUAUGAGCCUCAACAGCUGAUCGAAAAGAUCUCCCCGACGCCGUUACUGAUGACUGUUCCGACAUUGGAUACCCUGACGCCUCCAGAUCUCUCUCUCGCAGCGUACGCCAGAGCCAAGGAGCCAAAAGAGCUGAACUUACUGCCUGGUGGACAUUUUGAUUCAUACGCCGGGGAAACUAUGGAGAAAAACGUAGUGACGCAAAUUAACUUCCUUAAGAAAUGGCUCAUUAAGUAG